GGAUCCUCUAGCUAUGUCCUGGUACUCAAUUAACACAGCUAUAAUGAUUCAAACUUUGAAAUUGAACAUACCAGAAAUCAAACAAAUAUGGCUGGUUGAUGACUCAGCGGGAGGAGGAAGAUUGGCACAUUUAUAUAAUUGGUAUAAGCAUUUGGAAGAGCAAGGAAAGAAAUACGGCGAUCUAGUAAAUGGUCCAAAGUGUUGGCUGAUAGUGAAGACGCAAGAACUGGCCAAACAAGCAGAGCAGAUCUCUGGAGAAGAAGUUAAAAUUACAACAGAAGGAAAACGCUAUUUGGGUGCUGUUAUAGGAUCAAAAGAAUAUAAAGAUGAGUAUUGUAAAGAAAAAAUUCAAGGAUGGGUACAAGAUAUCUCAUCACUGACGGAAAUCGCAAAAAGCCAGCCUCAUGCAGCCUACAUUGCCCUUACGAAAGCAUACAAAUCAAAAUUUACCUACUUCAUGCGAACAAUUGAGGCCUUCGAAGAGUACGUAGAAUCGAUACAUGAAACAUUGAAUGACAUUCUCUUACCACAAUUUUUUGGUCAAGAAGAACCCCUUGCGAGUGAACUUCGUGAACUUGUGACCCUAACGUUAGCUCAAGGGGGAUUAGGCGUACCGAAUUUGAGAAUAGAAGCUCUUUUGCAAUAUGCAGCCUCAAAAUUAUUUACUAAUCAACAUGUAAAUUCAAUUAAACGGCAGAAUGAGGCUCUGGAACCGAUAGAGCAGUCUAUAGAUGAUCUGAAGCGAAUGCAGCAAGCAAACAAAGCGGAAAUUAUUCAGUCAAGAAUGGAUAACAUUGAUGCAACACUUUCUCCAGACCUACUGUUCUUGGUAAAGCAAUCCCAAGACAAAGGAGCGAGUUCCUGGCUAAAUGCGAUUCCACUCAAAGAUCAAGGUCUAGCCCUCAAUCAGCAAGAAUUCAGAGACUCGUUACAAAUGAGAUACAAUUUAACUUUGAACGAUUUACCAAGUCAUUGUGCGUGUGGAGAUCGCUUUAACAUCAAUCAUGCCCUUUCUUGUAAAAAAGGUGGGUUCGUGGCACAAAGGCACAAUGGAAUCCGUAAUUUCCUAACAGCGCAACUGGAUAAAGUGUGUAAGAAUGUGGAAAUUGAGCCUCAUCUUUAACCCCUUGAUAAUAAGAGAUUUGAUUUGAGAUCGGCCAAUAUAAGUCCCGAAGCGAGAUUGGACAUCAAGGCGGACGGUUUCUGGCUACGUGGAGCUACUGCAUUUUUUGACGUAAGAGUAACGCAUGUAAACUCCCGAUGUAACCAAGGCCGGCCAACCCAGAACAUUUUUAAGGAAAACGAAAAGAAGAGAAAAUACCAACAGAGAGUUUUAGAUGUUGAAAUGGGCUCCUUUACCCCACUUGUUUUCGGAACCAAUGGCGGAAUGGGGUCUGAAUGCCACAAGUUUCUUACUCAGCUGGCGCAGAAAUUAGCAGAAAGAGACCAUGAAUGUUAUGCAGUUGUCAUAGCUUGGUUGAGAACCAGAAUCUCUUUCGAAAUUCUAAGAUCGGUACAUGCGAGUGUAAGGGGAUCUAGAUCACCUUUCUAUAGAAAAGAACUUGAAGUGGUAGACGAUUUUGGACUAAAUGUUAUGAUUGCAGAGGUUUUUUAAAGAAUCUUAUACUUUAACUUUACGUGCGAAGUACUCCUUUUCUAUAAAAAUUAGGAAGAACAACAAUCAUUAUGACUUUCGAAGAGUUUAAACAGCCCAUUGGAAAGUGCAUGGUGAUUAGAAUAGUUAAUUUUGAUCUAGUUUUAUUUAGAAUUCUUUUAAAUAUGUAUAUAGUUAAUUUGUAUAAAUAGAAUGAUGUGACUGUCUUCUCUCUGCUACUGCCUACGGCGGUAUCGUUGGAGAUCCUUCGGGAUCAUUUUAAAAACUCUCCUCUCUUCUACCUCAAUUGGGGGCGCGGCGGGGGUUUGUUUUUCUCCCCCAAAGCGCCCCCGGGUUGUGGUAGCAACCUCUUUUGUCUUCCUUUUUAUUUUACGAUCAAUCUAAUCAAUAUAUGCAAAUGAAGUUUACUUAAUCGUAUCUAUGACAUAAUAAUUUAUGCUGAACCUAACACAUGCUCAGUUCACGAUGAGCUUCUCUCUCGAUCUAUUCAAUAUGGUGGUCAAUCAAGAAAUGUUUUUGCUUGCAAAAAGAUCGUAAAAUGUUGGCGCUACAAGCUCGGAAAAGAUUGUAAAUGAGAUCAGGCUUUUAUCAGCUCACAGAAUAACAAGAAGGAAGCAUCCAAACAAAUUCAUUUGUAACAUGGUGGAUAACAAAGUCCCUCCUUGAAAACCUACUUCAGUCAUUUGACGAUUAAAAGUCCAGCGAGAAAUGAAGUGAAAGGCGAUUUGAAAACCACGAGGUAAGGCAAUUGGUGGCGAUCGAAGGUGGACAGCAAGAUCGAAGCUCAGCAAGAUUGAAGAUUGUUCGAAGAAGAAGGAGUUCGCCGUUGACUAAAAGGUUUAUCUGAACAGCUAGUUGUCAAGAUGAAUGCGAAGACGCCCGGCCAAAUUCAAAAUGGCGAUGCCAAAGAAAACCAUCCACCUGGACCGUUCGCAGACCUUUCUGGGCAAGAUUGUUGUGCUGUCUGGUCAAAGUUAAGUAUUUUACUUUGAUGUUUGUGUGCCUUCGGCUAAUUGUUGGCCAGAAAUGACAAAAAGCCAUAUACAAUAUGAAAUAUUCUGCGUACAAGGUUAUCUAAAAUUUCGAACUUAAUUCUGCCUGCAAUGAUGAUAAUCUUUUACUGAAAAUUUAUGUCAUGAGCAACUUCCGCACCUAUAGACUGAAGCAGAACUGAACAUUUUGUCAUUAACGUUUAUCUCAACAGCCAGUUAUCAAGACGAACGUCAAGAGAACAGUUGAAAUAGAAAAUAGAAAUCAGUUCAAGACUCGCCGCCGCCGAAUUCAAAUUGGCGAUCCCAUACACGUGGACCGUUCGCGGACCUUUCUGAGCAAGAUUGUUGUGCUGUCUGGUCAAAGUUAAGUAUUUUACUUUGAUGUUU